AUGAGUUAUUUGGUCGAAGAAUUGCCUCUUUCCAGAGCGAAAGUCCCCGGUAUAUGUGCUGGAGGCUGUACUGGUCCAGGAGUUGGUCCUGGGUCGUAUGACAUAAACGUCAGCUAUCAACGUAGUUGCCGUGGUAUGGCGCCGUUUGGCAGCACUAGCAAACGGUUUGGAGCAGAAGCUGCUGCUGCUAUACCUGGUGUUGGUACCUACAACAUCACACCAGCCGAUUUGCAGAAGGGUUGUAUAUCAACGGUUCCUUUUAAUUCCAAGGUAGAACGGUUUGCCGGUUAUGGGGCCAAUGACUUCCCCGGGCCUGGUGCGUACACGGUUGAUGGACACCCGACCAAGCGUCGGUCGCGUUCCCAUCCGAUCAGAUUUUCUCGCCAACCAGAUACAACGGGACACAUUGCCCCAGGGCCCGGUUAUUAUGAUCCGAACUGCAAGCACCGUCGCUCGAAGUCGGGAACGUUAUGUUUCGAUGAGUAUAGCGGCCGUAAGCCACUCGAAACAAACAAAUGUCCCGGCCCCGGACAUUACGAAUCUGCCGGUUCCUUUACGUCGAUCUACAAUAGGAAGCCCACCAUUUCAUUCACUUCCAAAACUGAGCGUUCGCAGAACGGUGGUGGAAGCGGCAACCCGGGCCCAGGAGCCUACAAUUUGCCCAGUGUUUUUCGGAGUAAAGAGCAAUACAGGGCAGCAAAUCCAGAGACUUUAAUUGCUUUUGGAACCAAAUCAGCUCGGGAUGGCCCCUAUGGGCCAAACCCAUAUCCUGGUCCGGGAGCGUACACGGGUGAAAUUGCCCCGCGACGGCCUCAUGUGCAUAGCGAGGAAGGGAGGUGUAAACCAUUCAUCUCGGUAUCCGAGAGGAUAAAAUACCCGGCGCGGUCGAACAUUGGGCCCGGAUCAUACGACGCCCAGAUUCCGAGGAAGGGGCCAAAAUACCAGUUGGCUUCAGUUCCAUUUUGGUCUAACGUCGCCCGUUUUCCAACACCAAAACCGGCUGAAGAGAGGGAUGACCUUGUACCCCAUCGUGAAGCUGAGCGUGUACCUCGCCGCAUUCAUCCCUUGCGCGUACUAAAUGAAGCUGUCUCUGAAUUUAUCAAGCCAAAAGCUCAUCAAGGCACUAUGAAUUUUCUGGAUGAUGAACAUUACGACUUUAUAAAGCCCAAAUGUACUAGUGGUGGCUACCUCGGCUCUGCUCCCCGUUUAACUUCUACAGCCACCAGGAGCGAUUACCCGGGCCCCGGGCAAUAUGAUGUCUGCCAUGACUCCUCGUUUGGUAGAGCGAGCUCUGGACGAAGUAAGUGGGGCUGUGAUGGCAGGUUUAAGCGGACUGUUGAUAGGUUUCCUGGGCCGGGACAUUAUUCGUGUGACACCACAUUUCUAAAGAAGUCGUUCAACCGCACAAUCAACCAGUCCGAUAAUAUGUAG